AUGGGCAGCAGAUCAUCGCUAGUCGUAGACGGCGUCUCCUACCUGGUCCAUCCACAAUCACUCCUCAAGGUCACAGAGUCUACAGGCCUUGAACCGAUUCCUGUCGUUCUCCUUCCCAUCGGCGACUCUAUAUCCUCAGUGGUCGAUGCCCUGCAGCUCAUCAAUCGCUUUGCCCAAGUUGACGAUGUCUACUCGCCAUCAUUCUCCCGUACCGCUGUUAUCCGGUCCAGCAGUGAAAGAGGUGUCAUGGAGGUGUUCAAAAAGUUUGAAGCUUCUGGCCACUUCUCCGCCGUCUAUCAUGUGCCCUUAAGCUCCUCAUAUGCUUAUCUUCCGCCAGGGCCGUACUUCCUCUGUGAUGGUGGAAUUUAUCAAGCGUAUCGCUUGUACGAGGAUACUCUGGACAGCUUUAUUUUCGGAGUCAUUCCAGACGAUAUCUUGAACCCGAAGAGGUAUACUGCCCUGAAUCUGCUCAGCUCAAAUGGACUGUGGAAGAGCAUCCCGGUCCCGAGCCGUCUUUACAAUUUCCCAACCUCCACAACUCCUCUUGCUGGUGCACGCAUGGGCAUCAAGGAUAUCUUCCGUCUUGAAGGAACCCAGACAACCAUGAUGAGUAGGCCGUGGAUUGAGCUUUACGACCCAGACGAGCAGAGCGCCGACUACACCAAGAAACUCAUAAAAAUGGGAGCAGUGAUCAUUGACUUCCAUUGCCCCCCUCGUAGAGAUGGCUACCAGAGCCCAUCGAGCAGCUCAACAGGAGCUGCUACUUCUCUAGCGGGAUAUGAAUGGCUGGAUUUCUCUAUUGCGGACUCUGCUGGUAGUGUCAGGGAACCGGCGCCUUGCAACGGCCUGUUCUCCUUUCGACCUAGCUUCGGUUCGACAUCGAUGAAUGGGAUACCAGUCAACUCACCGGCCUUUGAUACCGUCGGCCAGUUUGGUCGCAGCUUGGAUGAUCUUCACUUUAUUGUGUCACACACCUUUGAGAAUAUUCACCAGACCUUCUCUGAAUUCCCGACCAAGAUACUCUAUCCCAGAGGAUUCUACCCCUUGGCCAACGCAGAGCAACAGGCUUUGACGGAGGAGUUUGUCAAAAUACUCGAAGAGUUUCUGGGUGUCGAGAGAACGCCUUUCAGCUUUGUUGAGCAAUGGGAGAAGAAUCCUCCUCAGGCAGCUGGGGGUCUUCCAUUGCUGGGAUACACUGAAAAGAGCGCCCUUUUCUCAUUGUGCUACGACUACUAUCAUGGGUUCGACAGCUUCCGUGACGAAUAUAGCGCCAAGUUCGGCAAGAAACCGGAUGUUGGAGAAGAGGUUGCCUCCAAGGAGUACGAGGCAUAUAUGAAACAACUGGAGGUGUUCAGAAUCUGGCUUACCGAGAACGCCAUGGGCCCUGAUUCAAAGACUAUUUCCAACGCCAUCCUCAUUAUGCCCUACGGAGAACCCCAUCCAGAGUAUCGCGAUGAGGCAAACCCACCAGCUGGGACCUUCCCUACUAUCGCGGAGAAGUUCAUCUCGCCCAUCCUACAUGCUCUCCUAGGUUCAGUCACAUGUUUUGUCACUUUAGAUGAGCACUUCAAUUGCCCUGUAAGAGUUGACUAG